AUGGACCGGCCCCGCCAUAUCCCAGAGCCUUCAUCUCACCCGCACCCUCACCAUCCCAGCCUCUUCGCCUCUCUGCACAGAAGAACGCGCACGGCCGAUCCGACUGCAGCUGAGGCGUCAAGGGAAGCCCGCGAAGCUGCUGGCAGAGAGGCCAGGCGGUACCUCCUUCAGGUAGUCCGCAACGACUGGUCGUACGAGCCAGCAACCGUCUCUUCAGCACCAUGCUCGUCGUCAGCCUCCUCGGAGGUGGAGUCGACGCCGCCGCCAUCCGUCCCCAAAGAUAGAGAUGUCUUAGAAUGGAGAUUGCGCGAUGAGGAUAGCUCGAACUCGGAUCGGGAAUCGGCGCAUAGGUUCAAGGGCAAUGUUAACGAUCCGUAUCGGUUUGAGUCGCCUGAUGCGGUGCAAUCUGCGAUGCUGGAGAGAAGACGCAAACGGCGGAAGCUGAUCGAGGAAGAAAUGGAGUGGAAUCACGGUCUACGCUUAUGGAUGCAGCGGCGAGACGCGUGGACCGGAGCUCGAGUCCCUGCGAAAAAGGCUGCAGAGGCGGAGCCAGAGCAACGGGCAAGCAGUGAUGAAAGCGCAGGCGGAAGCUAUAAUGACAAUGGUGACCUGGGAGCUGUCGAAGAACCGCUGUCUCGCCUUCUUUCCGCCGAUUCACUACCUGGUCCCGCUGCAGACGCCGGAUCUUCGAACCAAGCUUCUGUACCGCCAAUUUCGGACCAUACCACGAGCAAAAGUACAAUAGCUCCACAAGAAGGCCCUUCCACAGUUAUCGAUGAGCCUCUAGUCCCCAUCGUCCCGCCUAUUCUGCCGAUCUCCAAUCCGUUCCGGUCCUACACCGUCCCAGCCAACUACCUCGCCAUCUACAACAAGCUGGUGGUCGAGGGCAACACCCCUGCGGUGCCCGUCAACCUUCUACACAUGACACGCUCUCUCGUGGUGGGCUGGAAAAGAGAGGGCCAAUGGCCUCCAAAACCUACAAUCACCAAAGAUGUCCCCGUGAUCAAGAAGAGGCGGCCGCAACCCCAUGUGGAAUCAAGUGGCAGAGUAGCGGGAACGACGUCGGCACCGUCAGCGGAAGGCCCCACAAGUCGGAGGAGAUCAAUAGGCUCCAAUGUCACUGGUGCAGUGAAGAAAGUCCUUGGGUUCGCGUCCAUCCCUGGUCAUCGGUUUCAUGUUCGCGGUCAGAGCCAGAGCAGCGCCUCCUCGCCUAUGGCUGACCCGGUCGGGGAUAAAAGUAAGAACGCGGCCCGCAAGGAUUCAUGA